AUGGGAAAUCAGACAACUGUCACAGAAUUCUUCCUUUUGGGGUUUUCUGAUCUCCCCGAACUCCAGAUUUUACACUUUGUGGUAUUUCUUUUCAUUUACUCAACAGCCUUGGUGGGGAACUUCCUUCUCAUCCUGACUGUGGUCCAGACCCAGUCCCUUCAUAGUCCUAUGUAUUUCUUCCUUGUGAACCUCUCAUUAUCAGAUGCUUGUUUUAUCACUGCCACAGUCCCCAAAUCCAUGGUGAUUUCAUGGACAAGCAGCAAGCUGAUUUCUUUCUCUGGAUGUGUCAUGCAGGUGUUCUUAGUGGUGACAGGAACCAGUGCUGAGUUGACCUUUCUCACUGUCAUGGCUUAUGACCGCUAUGUCGCAAUUUGUCACCCUCUGCAAUACACAGUCAUCAUGAACAGUAAUGCCUGUGUCCAAAUGGCAGCAGCUUCUUGGAUCAGCAGCAUAAUCAAUGCCAUUAUCCACACUGCAAACACAUUUAGGUUACCUUUUUGCACCUGUAGCAUAAAACAAUUUUUCUGUGAUAUCCCCCAAUUAUUAAUGAUUUCUUGCACGGACACAACUGCCAAUGUGUUGCUUUCUUUUGUUGAAGCCAUUAUCGUUGGCUCGUUUUGCUUUUUUUGUAUAUUAGCUUCUUACGGGUUCAUCUUCUCUACUGUGCUGAAGAUUGAGUCAGCCCAGACUAGGUCCAAAGCCUUUUCCACCUGCAUCCCACACUUGACUGUGUUUUGCUUAUUUCUUUCUACUGCUAUGUUUUCUUACAUGAGACCGAAAUCCAUAUCUUCGGUAGCAAUGGACCUGUUGGCUGCUGUAUUGUACAGCGUUUUGCCGCCACUCCUGAAUCCUAUAAUUUAUAGUCUGAGAAACAAAGAGAUCCAGGCAGCCAUGCAGAAAAUGUCAAAGAAGCUGUUUGGAUUUUGCUUGAUGACCUGA